UUAUUUUUAGGUGGUCGGAUCGCAGAACCGUAUGUGUGGGUUUUGCGGUCAGUUGUUCUCGAUACAUGCACGAACAGUCCGUUAGGGUGGAUUUGUUUGUUUGGCUGAAUCGGAGGUCGCAGUUGUCUCAUCUAAACUGUGGCUGUUAUCGCUGAGCUGAACUGUCAUGGGAUGCAGCGGCUUUUACGGGUUCGGAAUUGCUCAGUUGUUGUUAAUUAAUUUUAUGUAUUUGAAUAUAGUUAAUAUAUACCAAAAAUAGUCUGAGCUUAAAAAAAUUAAAGGAAAAUGACGUCUAAAAAUGAUUUGGACCAUUACGAGUGGCGAGCUAAAGGCCGCAAGCUCGACUGCGUCGAUUCGCUCAGUGAGUUUGCGCCGAUACCUGUUGCCCCCGAAGUCGAGCAGCCAAAAACGUCUACUUUAAAUUUAGCUAGUCAACUUUUAUAUCGUGCUGCCAGCACUAUCGUUGGUGAUCCUUCGCCGCAGAAAGAUGCUGAAGACUCGAUAGCUGAGGCGAAGCACACGAUCCUACAAAGAAUUACCUCAAUUCUUGAUCGAGGCGGAAAGGUCUCGGCGGCCGAUCUAAAUGACUCGGAGUUUAAACAGUUCUGGAUGCCUGAUAGUAACUGUAAAGAAUGUUAUGAAUGCGGAGUGAAAUUUUCAACCUUUAAACGGCGACAUCAUUGCCGAAUCUGUGGUAGAAUUUUUUGUGCUACGUGCUGCAAUUUGGACAUUAUAAAAAAACACAAGGAUGACAUAGAUCUUCGAGUUUGUCAGUACUGUGCUGCCGAUAUUCUCAAGUACUUGAGAUCAAAGAACGUGAGUCGCGCAGCUGAACCCGCCGUCAUGAAUAUGGAUAUGAGUCGGCGUGAGUCAGUCACGUUUCGUGAAGAGGCACUGUGGCCACAAACGGACAACAAUAAAUUUGUUGUAGUAGAACAUUUCACGGAAACUGUAAAAGGCCUUGGUGGAAUCUUGGAUAUAAACGCGCUCUGGAAGAGGACCCUUGAAGAGUUUCCAUUCCAGAACCAUCGACUGCAGGAUUUGAGCUACCCGAACACAGCAACAGGGACCAGCCUCGUGACUUGGUUUCAGGCCGAGCUGACCAUCGAGCGCGCAGCUGCUGUAGCUGUCGGUCAACAGCUGAUUGACGCAGGCCUAUUAGAAACCGUGGGCCAGCCCACCGUCAAGCAGUUUGUCGACGCCACGAUAUUAUACCGACCAGUUGGACUGAGUGCUGAUCCAACGACUGAAAAAGAAGGCGACAACGCAGACCCCCUCUGGGUGUCCGAGAUCGCACAAGAGUCGAGGAGUUCGUCCGAAGAGCAAUUCGUUGCCGACUGGAUCAAGACGCCUGGCCAAUCUCGGUCCAGUACGGGCGAACGGAAAGUACUCAAAUCUGAUUCAUCUUUCCAGCUUGACCUCAAUCUUAAGCAAAGCUCUGCUAGCGUUUCGCGUACCCAGCUAGAACAGGAACCGGGGGAUGGCGAAGAGGAGUUUGUUCGCAACACAUGGGACCUUUCUGAUGGUGAGCGAGCCGUCGGUGAUGAUUCGGCUGUCAGCGGGGCUCUUAUUGCGUCAACAGAACAGAGUAGUAACCAAACGGACGAAAAAGCUAUUCCCGAAAGUGAGCUAAAUGAAAUACGCUCGUGUUUUGAUUCUCAAUAUGCUCACAUGGCAAAGGAAAUGCUAAAUCAGCAGUUGGCUUCUAACGGCCUUAAUCAGAGUUGGGCGGAGAUUAUCAUACCAAUCGUACAACGGGUGGCAGCGACGGUAACACCGCCAACAAACAAUAACGAUAUCCGUGAUUUCGUUCACAUCAAGAAGAUUCCCGGUGGGAUGAAGAAAGACACGUCGAUCAUUUGGGGCACUGCGUUCAGCAAAAAUCUCGUUCAUAAGGAGAUGCGGUGUCACGUCGAACAACCGAAGGUUCUUAUCUUGCAGGGAGCCAUCACUUAUCAGCGUAAUGAGUCGAAAAUUGAUACACUUGAACCCAUCGUAAUGCAAGAGCAAGAUUACGUUAAAUAUGCCAUAGCUAAAAUCCGAGCUUAUCAACCUGAUAUUCUCAUUGUAGAGAAGAGUGUCUCAUGGCUAGUGAGAGAGAAGGUUCGUGAGCUAAACGUUUCGCUAAUCACUAAUGUGAAAAAAUCCGUCAUGGAAAGGCUCGCACAUCUUACCGGAUCUACGCAGGUGACCGGCCUCGACGCGUUGGGUUCUCCAACGCUUGGCACUUGCGAGCGGUUUUACGUUCGACCGUUUGAUAUGAGCAUUAGCCAAACCAAAUCCAUAACGGUUUUUUCCGGCUGUUCGGAGCACCUAGGCUGCUCUGUAUUACUCAGAGGAGGGAAUUUAACCGAGCUGUCAAAACUCAAACGGGUUCUUAAGUUCAUGAUUUUUAUGAACUAUAACUGGAAACUGGAAAAAGCCUUCCUACUAAACGAAUUAGCUGUUCCACCAAUGACGGGUGCUAUGGUAGUUGAAGAAGACGAAGUUGCCAUAGACGCUGUCAAUAGUUUACCGCCAACGCCGCCGUUGCUAUCACAAACGUCGACGGUGGAGAUUCGCGAACUCGAAGCGGAGGCUGUUGAGGACAAUUCGGAUCCUUUAAGGAGCGCCGAUCCCGACAAAUUUGCUAUCACCUUACCUGUUGUUGACAAGGAGCCACCAGAAGAGGAAAAGUACUAUACACAUACACAGUUCACAAACGUUCUGAAAAAUACACUGCUUACGAUAUCACCGUUCCUCAAGGUGAAUCCGCCUUACAUGGAGACACCAGCAGGAGCAACCUGUCUGUUACGCAGUUACCUUCCAAAAGAGCUGUAUGUCUCAGAGAAACUACAGCCACCGCGUGCUUUAAUUGCACCCCUUCUGAAAAUGGAACCCGCAUCAGCUAAUAUUUUCGGUACCGAGGCUUGGAGCAAACGGGCAGAUAUACAGCUGCUUGAACCACAUCCAUUCCUAAAUUUACCUGCGGCCUGUUUUGGUAAAGGCCGAUUGCGGGAAAACCCGAAGUUUCGCGCAUUACUCGCUGACUACCGCGCUCGAGGUGCGCGAAUCAACAAGAUCUGCAAAUGUCGCCUCAAUCAGGACAACAAACAAGCUGAUUCAGGCAAGCAGAUGGCAAGCUAUUCUCAACAGCAAGAUAUCUCAAAACAAGACUGCUUCUCGCCGUAUAAUCACCAACAAAUGGUUGUACUCUUCUUCAGCUAUUCGAGUAAUUCGAAGAACGCACCGGGUUUUUGUGUUGAUCCAAAUUUCCUCACUAUGGAUUUUUACGCCAAUCAUGACAUAACAUUGGGUCGUUACCUGAAGCGCUACUGUCUUCAACCCGAAUAUGCAUGCCAAUGCGGCCUAAGAAUGCUACACCAUAACCGAAAGUUCAUUCAUGACACUGGCAGUAUUGUACUUAACACGUGGUAUCUCGACAAAAUGUUCCUUCCACAGAAUCGAAUAACGAUGUGGAGUUUUUGUCGCAAAUGUCGUUACAUGUCGAAAUUCGAAAGCAUGUCAAAAGACACCUAUAACCUGUCAUUUGCUAAGUAUCUCGAGCUGCGUUUUUAUGGAGCAGCCUACACUUGUCGAGGAUCGGAUACCGAACCGUGUGGACAUUCGCUUCAUCAUGAUCACUACCAAUACUUUGCCACGGGACAUAUGUACGCGGCGUUGAAGUACGUUCCUAUCAUAAUACGGGAAAUCGUUCUGCCGCCGAACACGAUCCGUAUCAAGAAGCAACUACUGAACGUGUCUCGCAUCAGUGACGAAAUUCGCGAGCUGUCUGAGAAGUCAAGCGAAUUCUAUCAGACAGUUUUACAGGCACUAAUGGGUAUCAAAGAUCAGGUGGUCGGCACGAAACAUGAGGUGUGGAUUAAUAACAUGUUCGAAAUUUGUCGCGAGCAGCAACGCAAAAGUAAAGAUCACAUCGAGAAGAUCAAUGUGCAGUUGACUACACCAGGUGAAGAAGACAACGAAGAAAGGUGUUGGCCUAUUUUUGAUAGCCUUGUAGGUCUCAAGCAACAUAUAGCAGACGGGGUACAAACAUGGAACGGGCUGUUGGUCAACUUCGAGAAUGCUAGAAAAAGGGAAGAGAAAGCGGGUGGCAAGACCGAUAGCAACUCGUUUAGCAAGCCUGGACUCGAUGUGGCUGUCGUGGGUCCAUUAGACAACGACAGUGUUGACCAGACCGAAGUGAUAUGUGAUCCGACAAAAUUGCUUGAAAGCCAAGAUACACGAAAGAGUAUUAGUCCUGCGUUAACCACUGCGACCGAUUCCGAAACAGAAGAGAAUACUCGGAUUCCGUCAUUAUUCAUAGAGGAGAAAUUUUCCAUACGCAGCGAUGAGUUGACAGUAAGUAUUGAUGCAGCAAAACAGGAAAAGCGAGGGGUAAAGACGAUUUUUUCACAGUUUCUCAAUACAGGUACAUCGACCGUCAUCCAAAGUCCAUUUACGGCCUCGGAACAUUAUAACCUCAAUCUUGGUACAGAACCGCGCGUAGCUGUUUAUGAUACCGAGCCUUCGUCCAUCGUCGCCGCGUCACUGGCCUCGACCGAAUACCACAACGCCCUAGCCAAGCUACAAAUGCAAUUAGGCUCCAUUAUAGAGCAUAACCGAGAAGUGUCACCUAACAAGGAAGUCGACAUUCUUGAAAUAAAGAACUUCACUUUGCCCCAACAGCCGAGUACGAAACCAGAACAAGCCCAGUUGCACAUUGACAUACAGUUUCAGGAUGUGUCUUCACGAUACUACUGUAGGAUAUACUUCGCCGAGCAGUUCCGACAGGUGCGGAAAUUACUGUUUCCAGCUGGUGAACAACGGUUCAUCUAUUCGUUGGCACGGUGUGUGUCAUGGCAAGCGCAGGGCGGUAAAAGUGGUUCCGUAUUCUGCAAGACGUUGGAUGAUCGCUUCAUACUAAAGGAAAUGAGCCGCUCGGAAAUGGAGUGCGUAAGACAGGAGUUUGGUGUGAAAUACUUUGACUACAUUUCACGUGCCUCGAAAGGCAAACAUCCUACUGUGUUAGGCAAGAUUGUGGGAGUUUACCGCAUUGGCUGCCACAACUCUGCAACGAAUCACCAGUGUAGGAUGGACUUGCUCGUCAUGGAGAACUUAUUUUACGAGCGUAACAUCGUACAGAAGUUUGACCUUAAAGGCUCGGAGAGGAAUCGUUUGGUUGACGACGCCGAACGAGAUGAUGUCGUUCUGCUCGACGAAAAUUUCAUGAUGAAAAUGUGUGGAAACCCAUUGUACAUCAGACAGCACUCGAAAAAGGUGCUAUUGGCAGCUAUCAUCAAUGACUCCAGUUUUCUCGCCGAAUGCAAAGUAAUGGACUACUCGCUUCUGGUCGGCAUUGACGCAGAGAAGAACGAAUUUGUAGUUGGCAUUAUCGACUACAUACGACAGUUCACGUGGGACAAAAAAGCCGAAAUGAUCGUCAAAUCCGCUUUUACUGUCAAAAGCCCUACCGUCAUUUGGCCAGCCGAGUACAAGUCCCGUUUUCAAGGUGCUAUGGAUAAAUACUUCUUAGCGGUGCCUGACCGAUGGACGCCAAUGGGCAAGGAUUCCACGUAUCACCCGGAAAGGGGGCGCAUGACCGCUUCUUAGCAUCGGAACUAUCUUUUUAACAACAUCUCCGAUAGAAAUAUAUCUACCUAACAACUCUAUAUAACUUGUUAUUGAAUGGAUUGUGAGUCAGUGAAAACUGUUACACAAUGUCCACAUGACGUAAAGCACUAACUGCUCGUUGAGCUGUAUUUAUAUAUGAAGUUACAAACGCUGGCACUUCUUUAUGCAAAUAUGUAGGGCUUCAGUAUUACUAAUUCAACGUUAUUUUUUCUUAGUAAGAGUAGUACAAGAAACUCAAUGUAUAAAACUGAUCAAACUUCCUGUUGCAAUUAAUGAGAUAUAUAAUGAAAUAAAAUAGUAAGCGAAAGUUGGCACAAUUGAACCGAUUGUCGAGCUAUAACGAGAAUCGUGUACUGUAAUAUGUUUACUGCGAAUAAAUAGUGUAAUAUGGAUAUGAUAUACAGCAAUUUAUAUGAAACAUCGUCCCGGGAAAGAAACAUCGUAACCUGCUAGUAAAGAAAACAAGGUAGGUGAUCUCGUGGAGACAAAAGUUAUCCGACCAAAGCUGAAAUGUAAAUAUUACUAAUGACUAGGGGUGUAUAUGGCUUGGAGCAGGAGUGCAUAAAGUGAUGCAAACGUUAGGACAACAAAUAUGCUAGUAUCAUGAACACAAAAGUUGGUUACAAAUGAUGACGAAUAAUAAUAAAGUUUGUUACGUUUAUAAGUAGUUAAAAUGACUUCUUAGAUGCUGAUGUCGUAUUCCGAGGUGUCUAUGUAUAUAUUUUUUAACAUAUAAAUUACUACAAUAAUACGGUUAUAUUAGAGGAAUAGUACGCUGCAUUUAACAAACAUUUCGUAUUG